AGCUAGCGCGACGGCGACAACGUCGGUUCGCUGCAAUAAAUCGCCCAUCCAAUCAAGAAACGCUGACAGUAUAAAUUUGAGCGUUCAGCGAGAUGGCUUUCCCAGGAAAAAUCAAAAAAUCGGAAAAAUAUAGUGAAAAAGUGGAAGUGUAUAGUGAAAAGCCAAAUGUUAAAUUAAAGCGCUGAGAAAAUAGUUAGUGAUAAUCAUGUGCAUUUAAACGUAAUAAUGUGAAGUUAUAGGCGGAAAAAUAUGCGACUGAGAUGAUUUAUUGAUAUUUGAAAGUGAAAAAAAGUAAGAAGUUGGUAGAGAGAAGCCACGAAUUAAUGAAAAAUCGAAUGUGCGAAGCAAACUGAGGCAGCGAGGUGGGCAGAAUUGUAUUUUGCGAAUUGGAGAGUAAUGCAGAAUGAAGUAGUAAAUGACUAUUUGAAGAAGUAAUGUAAUUCUUCAUUAACGCAAUAAAGGCGUUAAAAAGGACGGAAACAAAGAAAUAUACGGGAGCUGUGUGAAAACGAGGUGAAGUAAUUAGAACGUCAAAGCAGCGCAGUCGGUCAACAGCAAAAAGAGAGAAAGAGAGCGUAGCCAAGAUAAUACUAAAAAGGACAAUAGAAGAAGUAAUUUGCCAAGAACGCUACCGAAUCGAUUUGCCAUAAACCAAUAUAUGGACAAAAAUUGCCUGCAUUUGUAAAAAUUCUCAUCUUUUCAUGUAUACAUAUGUACAUAUAUAUAUAUGCAUAAAUAUAUAUAAGUACGAGCUAAAGAAUAUAAAGCCUGGCUAAACACCAACAACAGUCUCAUUAGUGUUGGAAGCAAAAAUUUUAUUAUUUGGGUAAAUUUAAAAUUAUAUCUAUAACGAACUAAUACAAGCUGUGUGCACGAGUAUAAACCGAUAAAACCGAGUACAUUUUAUUGUGACAUCAACAGUAACACAGAAAAAAGCCAGCAAAACAGCACAAUCCCCACAGGCAAAGAGCAAACAAUGACUUCGCGGUUGGAUCGCCUCUUUAUAUUGCUGGAGUCUGGCUCAUCCGCGGUUACGCGUCGUGCGGCAGCGAAACAAAUCGGAGAAGUGCAGAAGUUGUACCCACAUGAGUUGCAUGCGUUGCUGAAUCGCCUAAUUGGGUAUUUGCACAGCACUUCAUGGGAUACGCGUAUAGCUGCCUCACAAGCUGUCGAGGCGAUUUUGCAAAAUGUGCCCGCUUGGAAGCCGGAAUUGUAUGCCACCAUAAAACGUGAGGUUAUCAAAAAAGAGAAGGACAUAGACGAAGAGUCAGCUGUAGCUUCUAUCACUGGUGGUGGCGAGGAUGACAGCUGCCAGUCGGUGGCCACCACCGCCACAACAUCCAGUGAACAAAGCUGUAGUCGUGACGUGCAGCACCGUGACCGCCUGUUAUCAUUUGCGGAAUUUGAUUUGGAGCAAAUAUUACAUAAAGGCGCGCGUCUUAUCGGCUCAGAGGGCAUUGAAUUCGAUUUGAAUGAAAGUGAUGUGACGGCGACGAUUGUCGAUGGAGGUGGAGGUGGAAACGCUAACGCCACUGCGGCAGAGAGGUUGAGUCGGCAACGUGCACUGCUGAAUGAGAAACUAGGUCUGACGCAGGCGUCUAAAUUGGGCGUCAAUUUGAUGGAUAUGAUAACCGACGAGGAUGUUAUGGUGUCCAACAACAGCAACUCUUACAAUGCCAAUGAGGAGAAGAUUCCAGUUGAAGACAUACUGAAUAUAAAGUCCAAUUCAAAUUUAAUUGCCUCCAAUGGGCAACAACUGAGCUGUCGGGAAAUGAAUCGAGCCAAACGAAAAGCGCGACAAAAUAUCAAUACCACCACAAGUGGCACUUGUGUUAGUGCAUCAGUUAAUAGUCUAAGCCGCAGUAAUAGCAGUACGAGUAGCGGUUUGGGGACCUGUAAGAAUGGUUCCAGUGCGUCCGAUGAACCGGAGCGCAAGAAAGUUAAAACAGAUUCACUGCAACGACAGGAGGUUUUCUACACACUGAAUGAUCCCGUUCCUGACGCGACCGGCAUGUGGGUGGAUGCCGUCAAUUGGCCCCUGGAAAACUUUUGUGCACGUUUAUAUGUUGACCUCUUCAACCCCAGAUGGGAGGUACGUCACGGCGCUGCAACUGCGCUGCGCGAACUAAUUAACAGUCACUCCAAUGGUGCUGGUAAAGCGAUCGGUAUGUCCCGCGAAGAAAUAUAUCAGCAUCACAAUCUCUGGAUGGAGGAUGCGGCCUUGCGCCUGCUCUGCGUACUUUGCUUGGAUCGCUUCGGCGAUUUCGUGUCCGACCAAGUCGUGGCACCAGUACGCGAAACAUGUGCACAGGUGUUGGGUACAAUUGUUAAAGAAAUGCAUGCUGAGCAAGUCCAUCAGAUCGUGCAACUGUUGAUGAAAUUGCUUAAGCAGAAGGAAUGGGAGGUUCGUCACGGUGGACUGUUGGGUUUGAAAUAUGUUUUUGUAGUACGUGAGGACCUAUUGCCCGUUUAUGUGCCGCAAACUAUAAAUGACAUAUUAUUAGCGCUGUUCGACGUCGUGGACGAUGUGGGCGCUGUUGCCGCGUCAACUUUGAUACCGAUCGCUACGUGGCUACCGAAAUUGUUGAAUCCCGCGCAGGUGUCGUCGAUCGUAAAGAUGUUAUGGGACCUGCUAUUAGAUCAGGACGAGCUGACAAGUGCCAGCAACAGCUUCAUGGGUUUGCUGGCCGCGAUUCUGUGUUUACCAAAUGCUGGCUCUUGGAUACAAAUGGAACCAAUGUCUACCCUGAUUCCACGACUGUGGCCAUUCCUUUCGCAUAGCUCCAGUUCGGUGCGCAAAUCUACUUUGCUAACACUUCAAACACUCACUGCCAGUAACUUAAGUAAAGAGAAGCUUGAAGCUACGACUGUGGAUGUUCCUGCUACAAGCACUGCCGAUAUUAACAAUGGCAACGGUGUGAUUGUGUCGAGUAAGGAAUCUUCAAAUGAUGCAGCCGCUGCAUUAGCAAUCAAUUUCGAUUCGAAAAAAUUAAAUCUAAAUUUGGGUGUCGUCGAUUGGCAGUGGAAACUAUUGCAGGACGCCCUUCGUUUCAUUUAUGAACGUAUUCUAGUCGAACCUCAGGCAGAUAUACAAGAGAUGUCGUGUAAAGUAUGGAACAAUUUGUUAUGCAAUUCUGAUUUGGGAGCACUACUUCAUGCAGCUUGCCCUGUCGUGUCAUCGUGGAUUUGCUUAGCUAUGCAGCCCGCGCGUCUCGCUUUCGAUUCUUCCAUAUUAAUACAUACCUCUGCAGAAACACACAUUUCUGUGGCCUCAUCAGCUAAUGGAAGCUCGCCUGUUACACCCCGUCGACGUACACAACGCGUUGCCGACGACUUGGAUGCUAAUUCCACUCCAGCAACGCAAAGGUACUUUCUUGGUGGCAAUGAGGCGACGCCUCAGGAAGUACGUGAACGCAAUGUAAUUCGUGCGCGUAUAAUGGCAGCCAGGGUGCUGGGUGCACUCUCCAAAUAUCUAGUACAGCCUGCGCCGGGUGUGUCGUACACGCCUAAUAUGGAAUCACCGAUGGACUGUUAUACCAAAGUGCUCUUAGGUCAUUUAAAUUCUCGGUCAGCGGUGCAGCGCAUUGUUUGUGGUCUAACAAUUGCUUUUUGGGCGCAAAUGGAUCCAUCAAUGCAUAAAGCUGCACCCACAUUGGCGGAGAAACUCCGCGCAUGUGUCAUGGAGUAUGUCUAUUAUGACGAAGUAGCCAUUUCUUUUACGAGACUUCACCAAGAAGCUCAUGAUCUCAUUGCCACAUUAAAACAAUAUAAAAUAGUCAUAAACGAUUUCAACAAUGCACGAGUUUUUACAUUGGAUCAAAUUGAAGCAAUUGCCACCACGCUCACAGAGGGUUUGCAUCGAUAUGCACUAAAACCGAAAUUGUUGGAAACACUCGAAGAGCGCAGGCGCGGUUUACAAAACUCUUUUACGCAGACCUCAGCUGAGCAAUGCGCCUAUAAUAUAAGCGCUCAAGCGGCAUUAGCUGCUGCCGUUGUAUGUAUGCAGUGCCUGCCGGAGAAACUUAAUCCGAUAGUAAAGCCUCUCAUGGAAUCCAUAAAACGAGAAGAGUGCGAGCUACUGCAACAACUUUCGGCGGAGUUCCUAGUACAACUAAUGCAUCAAGUGUGUGAUAGAAAUCCUAGUCCCAAUAGUAAAAUACUGACUAACUUAUGUACGCUACUGAAGAGCGAUCCUCAGUUUACGCCGAAAAUUAUUUUAAGCCCAUUGACAUUGAAGCAGACCCCAUUGCCACAGACGGCCGCAGUCACAAACAAUUGCGUAUAUUAUGGCAUUUUAACUUUAAGCCUUCAACAAAAUAAUAUACAAAUUGGUGGUACUGGCAACCGCAGUGUUGCUGCGAGUACUCCCCGCGGACCCGGCAGGCCUCCGUUGACUGAAACCCUUGCCACAGCGGGCGACGUCACCAAUGUAGCCAAUGCGGUGGAAUUGAAACAAAAUCGCAUUCAGCGCAUGGGUGCAUCUUGUGCCAUAUCGAAGAUUUGCCUAGGCUUUAAGAUGUAUAUUUUCUCCAAGAUACCAGUUUUCCAGCAGAUCCUCUUUGCUAAAAUUGAACAAUUCACCAGUAGUUAUCCAAAUAUGGAGCUUUUAUCGGAUGUGCCCCUAGACUUAGCACAGACAAAUGAUAUAAUUACAUCGCUGCAGUUGAUCGAAAUUGCAGCUCCACACUUUUUGCAGUUUGCCAGCGAUACUUCAGCCAAAGAAAAAGUGUUUAAGCAGCUAUUCGAGUUGCUUCCACAUUUCAGUGUACUUAUUACGCAUCCAUUAAAGGCGGUACGCCACAUGGUCGCUCGAUGUAUUGCAGCACUCGCUGCUGCCGAUUUAGUGCGCGCAAUGCACUUUGUGUUGGACGUGCUGCUUGGUAUGCUGGUUAAUAUUGAGAAAGUGAUCCAGCGCCAGGGUGCGAUUGAGGCCAUUGAACGUGUGGUGGACAAGCUGCAGCUAUCUAUUGUGCCUUAUACCGUCCUUCUAGUCGUCCCAUUGUUGGGUUGCAUGAGUGACCCUGACGAAUCGGUCCGCCUGCUUUCUACCCAUUGUUUCGCUGCACUUAUUCAGCUGAUGCCGUUAGACUCGCGAAGUAAAUCGAUCAAAAACGAGAUUCCUUCAGUAGAGUUGCAGCAGCGUAAGAUACGCGAUCGCGAAUUUCUCGACUAUCUUUUUACACCAAAAAGUAUACCCGAUUACAAGGUGCCAGUGCCACUUUCGGUGGAGCUGCGUUCAUAUCAACAGGCAGGUGUGAAUUGGUUAUGGUUUCUUAAUAAAUACAAUUUGCAUGGAAUACUCUGCGAUGAUAUGGGUCUUGGUAAGACAUUGCAAACGAUUUGCAUUCUUGCUGGCGAUCACUACCAACGCCAUGUAGACAAAGCCGCACCACUGCCAAGCUUGGUCAUUUGUCCACCCACUCUCACUGGCCAUUGGGUGUACGAAGUGGAAAAAUUUAUAGAAAAAUCGAAUAUUUUGCGCCCACUACAUUACGUGGGAUUGCCUAUUGGGCGCGAAAAAUUGCGUAGCCAAAUUGGGGUGUGUAAUUUGGUUGUGGCUUCAUAUGACACAAUACGAAAAGAUAUAGAUUUUUUCAGUACCAUACAUUGGAACUAUUGUGUGCUGGAUGAAGGCCACAUCAUAAAGAAUGGCAAAACAAAAAGUUCGAAGGCCAUUAAGAUGCUCAAGGCUAAGCAUCGUUUGAUUCUUUCGGGAACGCCUAUACAAAACAACGUACUUGAGCUGUGGUCACUCUUUGACUUCCUCAUGCCUGGUUUCCUUGGCACUGAAAAACAGUUUAUUGCACGUUACAGUCGACCUAUACUUGCUUCCAGAGAUUCUAAGAGCUCUUCAAAAGAGCAGGAAGCCGGCGUUCUCGCCAUGGAGGCAUUACAUCGGCAGGUGCUACCAUUCCUGUUGCGACGCGUGAAGGAAGAUGUGUUGACCGAUUUACCACCAAAAAUAACCCAAGAUUUACUUUGCGAAUUGAGUCCAUUGCAAGAGCGUUUGUACGAGGACUUCAGUCGUACACAUUUGAAUUCACAUUGGAAGGAUUGCUUGCAGAGUUUAGGCGAUAGUGAUAGCAUUAGCAAGAAGGCUCACAUUUUCCACGAUUUGCGUUAUCUACAAAACGUAUGCAAUCAUCCGAAAUUGGUGCUGACGCCAAAACAUUCGGAGUACAUGAAGAUCACACUGGAGUUGCAGAAACAGCAGAGCUCUCUAGACGACAUCGAACACUCGGCGAAAUUGCCGGCAUUGAAACAACUACUGCUGGAUUGCGGCAUUGGCGUUCAGACAGAGACGGUUAGCCAGCAUCGCGCGCUAAUUUUCUGUCAAUUGAAAGCUAUGCUGAAUAUUGUCGAGAAUGACUUGUUGCGCAAACACUUGCCUUCCGUUACGUACUUGCGUCUGGAUGGCAGCGUGCCAGCAUCCUUACGACAGCAAAUUGUAAAUAACUUCAACACAGAUCCGAGUAUCGAUGUCCUUCUACUCACUACUCAGGUUGGUGGCCUCGGCUUAAAUUUGACUGGUGCCGAUACAGUAAUAUUUGUUGAGCAUGAUUGGAAUCCAAUGAAGGAUCUACAAGCUAUGGACCGUGCUCAUCGAAUUGGUCAAAAGAAGGUAGUGAAUGUGUAUCGUUUGAUAACGCAAAAAACUCUCGAGGAAAAAAUCAUGGGUCUGCAGAAGUUCAAAAUACUCACCGCAAAUACUGUGGUUAGUUCAGAGAAUGCCUCGUUGGAGACAAUGGCCACGGGUCAGCUAUUUGACUUGUUCAAUGCAAAAGAUACUGACAAAACAGGAUCAAGCGGUACACCAGUCUCGCAUACGAGCGUUGGUGGUAGUCAAAUGGCUAUGAAUGCUAUCAUUGAAUCUCUGCCAGAGCUAUGGUCAGAACAGCAGUAUGAUGAGGAGUAUGACGUAUCAAAUUUUGUGCAGGGUUUGAAGAAGUAAAUCCCAAAUUGACAAAGGAAAUGGACAUAAUAUCUUUAUAAAUAAUAAAAAUAACUGUGAGUUGAUACGGAAUUUAAUGCUUCCAGACAGACAUUGCCGUAAUGCAGCAACACCUUUUAAAAGGAUUUCUGGGAUUUGAACGCAGAUUAGUUUCUAAGAAUUUUCCGUUUUUUACUAUUACCAUAUAUUUCGAUAUAUCUAAUUAAUAAUGAUAAUAUAGCCUCUUAAUGUGCACCUUUUUAUUUAUUUAAAAAAAUGAGAACUUUGCAUUGUUUAGUUUAUACUUUCCUUUUCUUUUUCAAAUAUAUAUAUUUUAAGUAA